AUGCUCUCCAUUAAUGACCACCCAUAUCUGCGCCGCCAGUACCUCCCAUCAAAGAGCUAUCGUCGACACAACCCCCAAAUCCGAGAAGACCAGGUAUGGGUUGGUGUGAACAUGGACUGCGGUAUGCACGAGAAACGUACGCAGCGGGAUUGGGUCAUAACGCUAAAGCAGGCCAUCGCCCAGGGUCAAUUUGUCACAACUAGAGAUCCCAAACGUGGAGGUGGGUAUUCUCGCACAUUCUGGAUGCAGAUGCGAGGCUAUUUCAAGUCUUUAGAUCGGGCACUCGUUGGGAUUGCAGUGGAGAGACAUGUGGAUUUGCUGAAACAGCUUAUACAUCAUGGGAUUGUAACUAUUCAGAAGGAGAGGGUUCUCUCCCUCUUCACUAUUUAG